AACCGGGCUGGUGCGGCUAAGGGACGCCUCACCCCCCCGGACAUGCCCGUACUUUCCGUCUUCCUUGGUGCCCACGCCCUCGUCCUCGGGCGGCCUGUGGUCGGGAAGGCCCGAGCUUACCCGCGUGCCCUCCGGCUGCUCCCACAUAGGCGGGGGAAGCAGCUAUACCUCCUGGGUCGCUCAGGCUGUAGUCUGGAUUGUUAGGACCUAAUUGGGACCCCCGAGAAGGGUGGAGGCCAUGAUAAAAGGAACCGGGGAAAUAUUUAGGGGCUGAGGUUGGGGAUAGGAGACGGAGGACAGAGGACUUGGAUAAGACUCCUGGAGCGGAGGCGGACAAUUAGGAAAGUGGGAAAGGAUGUGAAAAUUUUUGUGGGAACUGCGUGCGAUUUGUUUUUCUCCAAUUUACUAAAUACUGAGCACUUAAUGUGUUUUUAAAAAUCCGUAGGUUGCGGUUUAAGUUUUUUUUAUGUCGACCCUUUAACCUUUCACCUUUAUACUUAGGGAAUUACGUGCAUUUUUCUUGUGCAGUGGUCUCCCGUUGUUACAAACAAAUUUAUUUGGCAUUUUUUUAUACUGUAUGGCCUGCAUUUUUCAGCAGUCUCCAUCUUAACUACUCUUCUUUAGUCACAAGAUAUUUUUGUCAGACCUAACUUUUUUCCUUCGGAAAUUAAAAUCAUACAUAUUUCUUUUGAAUUGCUGAACUUGUGUACAUUUUGUUUCAAGGUACUCAACAGCGGCGUCCUUCACUCACCGGAUAUAAACGCAGCAGCCUGCAUGUGGUUUCUCUAAAAUUUAUUUACGUUUCUGAACUUGCAUUUAGAAAAAUUGUUUCUGGGUUCUUUUGGGGGAAUUGUGUUUUAUUUUCAUCUGUGAGGGUCUUAAGCAGGAGAUAUAAGAGCUCCCUAACUUAAUCGUGAAUAAUUAUCCUGAAUAAUUCAUCUUAAAUGAAUUCAGCAAAUACACAUUUACUAUGGCAAGAACUAUGCACAGUAUUUAGGGAUAGAAAGAUGAGACUGCCUCCAGAAUCUUAGGCAACUUAAUGGAAUUAUUUGCCCUUAAGCCAAUUCCUGUGUCAGCUGGAACAAUACAAUAGAGUAGGCAUAUCAUUUCUUUACUAACAUUUAACACCUUAAUACUGUACUUCAAAUUCUUAUAAAACAAAUUAUCCCUAAGUGGCAUCUAAGAUAAAGUUGGACGAUGUGGGACAAUUUCAAGAGACUUACAUUAUCAAAAUAUUUUUAAAACAUAAUCUUUUAAAAGCAUAUUCAGUGUUCAGUUACUUGAAUAUAUAUUUGACAAACAUUUUAUUGAUGAUGAGCUGUUAAAGGGUUGUUUAUAUUUUGGAUAUUUUUCUGGAACCUUGCUAAGGAAAUCACAAGAAAGCUAAAGCAACUGAUUACUUCUGUUUAAUCAACUUUAUCUCCUUUCUCAGCCUUUAUUAUUUAAAACACUUCUCUUAGUGAGUGAAAAAACAGAGGGAAAAAAUGUAAAGUGAUAGUGUUAGAAAAAAAGCUUUAUCAGAAGCUUAGAAGAUGCCGAAGGACAAGUUUGAGAAGUUUCUUGCAGAACAUAAAUUAUUAGGAAACAUUAAAAAUGUGGCCAAAACUGCUAACAAGGACCAUUUGGUUACAGCCUAUAACCACCUUUUUGAAAGUAAGCGUUUCAAAGGUACUGAAAGUAUAAGUAAAGUGUCAGAGCAGGUGAAAAAUGUGAAGCUUAAUGAAGACAAACCCAAAGAAACGAAGUCUGAAGAGACCCUGGAUGAGGGUCCACCUAAAUACACAAAAUCUGUUCUUAAAAAGGGAGAUAAAACCAACUUUCCCAAAAAGGGAGAUGUUGUUCACUGCUGGUACACAGGAACACUACAGGAUGGGACUGUUUUUGAUACUAAUAUUCAAGCGAGUUCAAAGAAGAAGAAAAAUGCCAAGCCCUUAAGUUUUAAGGUUGGAGUAGGCAAAGUUAUCAGAGGAUGGGAUGAAGCACUCUUGACUAUGAGUAAAGGAGAAAAGGCUCGACUGGAGAUUGAACCAGAAUGGGCUUAUGGAAAGAAAGGACAGCCUGAUGCCAAAAUUCCACCAAAUGCAAAACUCAUUUUUGAAGUGGAAUUAGUGGAUAUUGAUUGAAAUAUCAGUGCUUCAAAUCUAAAGACAUCAGCAACAAUAAAAUUUCACCAUGAAGAAAUUUAUGUAACUAAUUUAGAGCUGGUUGCUAUUGUGUGUAAGGGAAGAGUCAACUGGAAAACUCAAGGAGUUAAGUUAAACUUGUUUACUUGGUCCCCAACUUUGGAGGAAUGUAUUCCCUUAUGAAUCCCUAAAGUCUAAAAUAUUUUACUAUACUGUAUAAAAUACCGGUUUAAGAGAACUGAUUUUCCUUUUACCUCAUAUUGUAAAUUAAAAGGCUCAAUACAGAUAAUCCAA